AUGGAUCGUAAAGUGGUUGCAUUAGUGUGCCUGCUGGGCUGCUGGUGGCCGAUCGCGACCAUCGCGACCACCACACUCUCCGGUAUCUACGUCGAUAACGGCGUCGGGCAGACGGUGCUGGAGGACGCGCUGUCGUUCGAGGAGCAGCAGGAGAUCGAGAAUGAGAUUUUGAACCUGCUCGGGCUUCCGGGCCCGCGUCCGGCCGUGCGCCAUCUUCACUCAUCGGUCGGCAAAUCUGCGCCUCAAUUUUUGCUGAACGUCUACGACCAGCUGCAGCAGGAGGAUAGUGAGGCGGCGGGAAGUGCUGCUCGGAUACGAAAGGUUCGUAGUACUGGUAUGGAUAUCCUGAUCACCGAUGCCGACAGAAAAGCUAUUGAUGAGAGUGAUAUUAUUAUGACUUUUUUGAAUAAGAAUCACCAUGGCUCGGAAAUGCGACACGAGAAAGGCCGAAGGUUGUGGUUUGGCAUCACAAACAUCGAGAACGAUGUCAGCGUAUUGAUGGCCGAGCUGCGGCUCUACCGAAAGCUCGCCCUGAACAAGUACAGAACGUACAACACCUCGCUGACCCUCACGGUGUACGCGCUCACGGAGUUAGACGGGGAGAGCGAAAUGACGGAGGUUUCCAGCAUGCAGCUUACCGGUGACUACGAGGGUUGGUUGGAGAUCAACGUUACUGGGGCGGUGGAUUUGUGGCUCAAGAAUAAGCUGGCCAACCAUGGGCUGUACAUUGGGGCAUACUUUAACGAUCGCGCAGAACGCGAGGUCAAGCUGGAUGAUGUCGGUUUUGUUAACGUGCGAGGAAGCGACGAGUUUCAGCCCUUCUUGGUGGUGUACGCCAACAGCCAACAGCAGAUGAUGAAACCGAUCCUCCAGCGGCAGUUAACGCGCAAUAAGCGCAGUUUGCAGUCGCGCAAGCGCAAAGCUGGUAAAACUGACCACCGGAACCCGUUUCAGUAUCAUCCCUCUUAUGAUCAGCAUAAGAGCUGCCGUAUCCAGCAGCUUUACGUGAGCUUCAAGGACCUGCAGUGGCAUGAAUGGAUUAUUGCACCGGAAGGUUAUGGAGCGUAUUACUGCAGCGGUGAGUGCAAUUUCCCCAUGAAUGCGCACAUGAAUGCUACGAAUCAUGCGAUUGUACAGACGCUGGUCCAUCUAAACCAUCCGACAAAGGUUCCUAAACCGUGCUGCGCUCCAACCAAACUGAUUCCCAUUUCCGUGCUUUACCAUAUCGAUGAAGCAAACGUAAAUCUUAAAAAGUACAAGAACAUGGUUGUAAAAAGUUGCGGUUGCCAUUAGGCCGGUACUUUGGGUCGUCUCAUUUCGUGCGCAAGAAUUUGCUAAGGGAAACACAAUCGUAGUAUAAAUGUUCAGCACGAAUGAUCGUCGAUCAGGUGGAAGGGCCAACGCUGAUUCUUAGUGGAGUGCUUUACACGCUCCGAUUUUAUACAUAUAUAUAUAAUACAUAUUUGUAUGUUGGAUGUCCGUUUGCUUAGUUUUUGCUGUGUAAAAGUAAUAUUGUGCGCGUGGCAAAAUGGCUGCUGGUACACUACCUCGGUACGCAUCGCCAUGUUGCACGGGUAACAUGGCACAUGCCAGCUGUAGGGUGUGUACAUGAAGCGUUUCGUUCCCGCCGAGAAGCAAACUUACUUCCUGCUCAUAUUACGCCAACGAUAUGAGCCUGUGAAGUACGCGCGGAAUCCGGUGAGCUGCGAUCGAGCACGAAAGAAGUAUUAUUGGAACAACAAAU